AUGAGGGUGCUCUGCGUGGUCUUUGCUGUGCUCCUGCUUUUCUCCUUGGCCACCCCAGGGUACGGUCAGUCUAAGGGCAGUUGUGACGGGUACUGUUCCUACAUGUGUGCCAAGAGGGACGAGUGGACUUUCAGCCGGUCCUGUGGGAAGAUGUUUGUGGGCUCAUUGGGUACCAUCGUUAUAAAAUGCAAAGAUCUGCGAAUCAUUCAGCUGGAUAUACCUGGAAUGGAGGAGUGUUUAAACAUUGCUAGCUCUAUCGAGGCGCUUUCCACUUUGGAUUCUGUCACUCUCAUGUAUCCCUUCUUCUACCGGCCCAUGUUUGAAGUCGUUGAAGACGGCUGGCGCGCUUUUCUGCCCGACCGAGAGUUUGAGCUCCUCAGCUCCGUGACAGAUGAAUGGCGUCUAAGCUGCAUCAACAAGGAAUUCUCUGUCUGUCCCUCUUACCCGCCGGUUGUCAUUGUCCCUAAAUCCAUCGACGACGAUGCACUUCGGAAAGUUGCCAUGUUUCGCCAUGGCAGUCGCUUCCCAGUCCUCAGCUAUUAUCAUAAGAAGAAUGGGAUGGUCAUGAUGAGAAGUAGCCAGCCUCUUACAGGUACGAAUGGAAGACGGUGUAAAGAAGACGAGAAGCUUAUUAACGCCACACUACGGCCUGGCAAGCGUGGCUACAUCAUUGACACGAGGUCCUUGAAUGUUGCCCAGCAGGCCAGGGCCAAAGGAGGGGGCUUUGAACAAGAAGCGCACUAUCCCCAGUGGAGGAGGAUUCACAAAUGUAUCGAGAGGUUUAAUAUUCUCCAGGAAAGCCUCAUCAAACUUGUGGAAGCUUGUAAUGACCAGUCGCACAAUAUGGACCGCUGGCUCAGUAAACUGGAAGCUUCCAACUGGCUGACUCACAUCAAGGAGAUACUAACUGCAGCUUGUCUGGCUGCUCAGUGCAUUGAUAGGGAAGGUGCAUCGGUGUUAGUCCAUGGGACUGAAGGAACCGAUUCCACUCUCCAGGUAACCUCUCUGGCACAGAUUAUCUUGGAUCCAAGGUGCAGGACCAUACGUGGCUUUGAAUCCCUUGUUGUGAGGGAGUGGCUGCAGGCUGGUCACCCUUUCCAGCAGCGCUGUGCCCAAUCGGCCUAUUCAAAUAGCAAGCAGAAAUGGGAGGCCCCAGUGUUUCUCCUCUUUUUGGACUGUGUGUGGCAAAUCCUUCGUCAGUUCCCUUGCUCAUUUGAAUUCAACGAACAGUUCCUCAUCAUGCUCUUCGAACACGCAUAAGCUUCACAGUUUGGGACUUUCCUGGGAAACAAUGAAAACGAAAGGUCUAAACUGAAGCUGCCACAAAAGACUAUGUCCCUGUGGUCCUGGGUGAACAGGUCUGAAGAGCUGAGCAAAUUCCAGAAUCCUCUUUUUGAGGCCAACAGCCUUGUCAUCUGGCCCUCCGUUGCCCCACAGAGCCUGCAGCUCUGGGAAGGUGUCUUCCUUCGGUGGAACAGGCCUUCCAAGUUCUUGGAUGAAGCCCAUGAAGAAAUGAUCAACAUUAUAAAAUACAACAAGGAACUUCAAGCAAAGGUUAAUGCAUUGAGGAGGCAGCUAGCAGAGAUGGAAACGGAUGAUAGGAUGCAGGGGAACCUGUGA